GUCCUGUGGAAAAACAUAAUCUACUUAAAGAAGACAAAUGCUGUUGCUCGUAGGAAGAGUUUCAAGACUGGUGACGGACCCCCAUUAAGACCGGAGACAGAUGAGCUGGGGGACUUGUUGACCGGGAUCAUUGAUAGCCAGCAUCCCCUGGAAGGUAUCCCCGAUAAUGACCAUUUGGACAGUUCAGAUGGGGGAUCGUUCCAAUCCUAAUUUGGUAGGACACAUUCAUUCAACAUGUGCAAUCCCCAGACUGCAGGGGAAAUGGAAUGUUGUCAGUCAUCUCAUGCACUCCCAUAAUAAAAAUUAUGUAAUGAACUCAACUCUUGAAUAAAUAAUAUUCUCUAAUGCAGCAAUGUAAUCAUUUUCUAGAGGCAGAUGAUCACCAUAGCUUGGAUGGGAUUAGACAGGAUGAAGGUCAGCCCACUACAUCUGCAGCAGCCAGGAGGGAAGAUUGUGUCACUAAACCAGGCCGGAGGACAAAGACAAAGAGGCUCUGCAUGCAUGAGAAACUGGCCAUGGAAUUUCAUGAGCACAAACUAAUGUAUUUAAAAGAAGAACCUGAUAUGAAGAUGUGA